AUGCAGCUACAUCUACUACAAACCAUCGACAAUGCUACCAUCACUUUCCUCGUGGAUGAUUGCAUUGAAUGGAUGACUAGACUCCCCCCAGGAUUCACCCAGGAAUUAUCAACACAUCUAGCUGAACACACACUACCCAUCGACGGGGUUACUGGUGUCCCGAUUUUGGAUUUCAAUACGUUUUGUUGUGGGGCUCAUGGUUUCGCUGUUCUUAUCGAAACUCAAGUGAAGGACAAGAGGCCACAUUAUACACUGUUUGACACAGGUCCAGAUGCUUCGUCCCUUUUACGGAACCUCAAAAACAUGCAUAUUCCAGUGCAUAUAAUCGAUCGUGUGGUCGUCUCCCAUUGGCACAGCGACCAUACUGGGGGUUUACUGACUUUCCUUGAACACCACCGUAAAGCGAGGGAGAACAACGGGUUUACGUCUCCAUGUAUCGUUGAUGUCCAUCCUAGUCGGCCAAGUCUGAGAGGCAUAGCCCCAGGCCCGAAGUUCGACAAAGUUCUAUGUGCACUGCCCAGAGAUCCAACGUUCCAAGAGAUUCAAGAUCAAGGGGGGCGUCUGGAAAAGCAACACGUAGCUCACACAGUUGCCGAUGGGACGGUAUGGGUCAGCGGCGUUGUUCCUCGGGUCACUCCAUAUGAGAAGGGGAUUAUGGGAGGCCUGCGGUGGAACGAUGAGACCGGUGCUUGGGACCCAGAACAGCACAUUAUGGAUGAGCGUUACCUUGUUAUUGACAUUGCGGGGAAAGGUCUAGUGAUUUUCAGCGCCUGUUCCCAUUCAGGCAUCGUAAACGUGAUGAAAGACGCUGUCAACAGCUUUCACCGCCCAAUAUACAUGAUCAUUGGGGGUUUGCAUCUCGCCGGCCCAGAAUUCGCAAAUCGCAUCCAGCCUACUGUUGACUUUCUAUCGCGUUCCUUGACACCCUCUCCAACUUACAUUCUUCCUAUGCAUUGCUCUGGAAUGGCUGUCAAGAUCGCCUUGGAGAAGGAGUUUGGACAGGCGUGUGUUCCUGCUGGUGUUGGCGUUAAAAUACAGCUUGACGGUGAUAGAACCGUUGAUAGUAGGUUGCCUCGGCCGACAUAUAUGUAG